UGGGGGUUUGAGGACAGCCACAUAAUCCUAUGUCAAUAAUUUAUUAUUCCAUCGGUCAAGAUAGAUCACGGAUCACAAUAACCAAACAGGACACGCCGUUUAGAAUGUUUUUCAACGGGAUUACUUUUGUCUUUCUUAUUACGGGUAAGUUGAAAGCCUAUACUAGUAACAUGUUUAUAUUUUGCGUCGGACAAAGACCUUUGAAUUGUAGGCAAUUAUAAAGGGGCUAUAUUUAUGCUGUAUAAUAUCAUUCAGUCAUAUUCUAUUUGCCAAUGUAGGCAUACGGCUUAAACAGUAUUGAAACAUUUCGUUGAAGGCAAUUAAUCUCGGAAAAAUGUAAGAUCACAGUCAGUAGCGCACAGUAUCGCUCGAACGUCGAAGCUAGUAUAGUUUCUGUCGGCUAUCAUUCAACAACCAUCGGCUUCAAUAUCAGAGCUGAGAGCAGUAGAGAAUACUCUAUCACCAUUCUUUAUUCGUUUGAACACACAAAGAAAUCAUUUCAAAACAGUUUAAUGAUAAAAAUUCAAGAAUAGGUCAUAUUUUGACAAUUGGUUUUAAAGAACAAUGCAGUAAUAAAAACUAUAUAUAGUAUUAAUAGAAAUAUAGUGCAUUUACCCAGGCAUAUGUGAUAUUGCAAGCGGAAACAGUCAUACUAUACAACUAUAUUCUUGCAAUGUAAAAUAUCCGAGUCAGUUCGUAUUGCUCCUCCGUGUCGCUUUUAGAUAAAACUCCGUGGAGUUAUUAAGAUGAAGGGAUUCCAUUAAUAUACUGUUGUUUUGAUAAUUUUUGAAGUUGAUUCCGGUUGCAAAUUUAAUUCCGUCUGUUGAAAGUUUCAAUGAUAUUAAUUAUUAAAGACGCGAAAAAUGUUAACAAACGUUGAAUAAUUAUAUUAUAGGUAGUUAUUUAAAGUUAUUUAACAGUUUCAAAUUUGGAUCGAGUUGUUUCGGAGUUUGCCGGUUGAAUGUAAAAAUUUUUGCACAGAAAGGAAAAUGCUUACCGAAAUGCCUACAUUUUGGAUUUUUGAUAUUUUCAACACCUAAUCGUCAAUCACUAGCGCAAUAUUAAACUUUUUUUAACAAGUCUAAGCCAAUUAUGGCGUUCAGGAAGUUCGCUGAAUAAGAGGUUAAAUUCUCGAAUUUCCAUAUUUCCGUUAAUCUACCGUUGUCGAAACUGUUGUCAAGUAAACGAAACAUCGCUUCAUGUUUCUGACAUGUGUUUCGAUCGGUAUAUAAUAUCAGUUUCUGAUUGCUGACGAACUUGAAAAAAAAUAUUUCGUUUUGCGAUUUUUUUCUAGCGCCGGCAACGCGACCGGUCAAAUUUCAUUGUGCUGAUGGCAUGCAACACAAUUGUAACAUGAUACCAUUGGCAAUCGUUGAACGGAUUAAUUCAUUAAUUGAAGUAUGCGACUCCCCAUAAGUUACUUCUCCGAAGAAAAGAACUACCUUAUUUUUGCUCAUGAAUGAUCUAGUUCAUGAAUUAAAAGUGUUAAAAGUGUCUUUAGUAAAUAAAAUAGGGUUUAUCAAAGAACGAGGCAGUUCUUUAGAGAACUAAUUUAUGGGGGUCGUAUACUUCAAUACUAUAUACUUCAAUACUUUACUAGUCCACGUGGACUAGAAAAAUAUAUCUCCAAAUGGCUGUGCCAUGGGGCUCAAAUCGAAAAAUGCCUAACUUGGAAAGGGCUUUAAAUCCAAAACGGCUUAAUUCGAAAGCUACCGACCUCACGCAAGACGAGUUUCAGUACAAAUAUGGGAAUUUCCUCUGUGAGAAAAAUGUUCAAAUAUUGGUCGCUCCCGACAAAAGCCACAUGGCUUCGCCUGUAUUUUCGUCACCAACACAUAUAAAGCACUCGUAGGCGUGAGAUGUAAGCUAUAUCGUAUAAUGCUACCCGUACAAAUGUUAAAUUCAACAAUGGUUGACCAGUCACGAAACCCUAUGGCUAUGCAAAUAAGUCGAAAAUCCCUUUUAAAACCAAGUGCAAUAUAACGUUAUAUAAUAUGGCCAUAAACAGGUAUAAAAAUCAUUGUUUCAGCGCUAACUCGUGGAAGUUUUAAGUUCAUAAAAGUGGCUAGCGCUGGCUUGCCUUUGACUUUGGUGAAAAUUUUGUUAUUUCGCCGUAAAGUUUACCAGUCGACAUUCAGCUGUUUUACAUGAAUCAAUUCUAUCACAUUGACAUUGUCGUUUGUAUCUGGUUAGGUUUGGCCAUUUUAAUUCAAGCUACUGAAAUACGUAUACCUGUUCGUAUAUUACGUGAACCGAGCAGAACGGACGUAUUCAAGGGAGAUUGGAUCAAGCUGAGAUGUGAAAUCGACACAAGCACGGUCAACGUGUCAUGGCAUUAUAAGAAUUUCGACGCACUCCCACCUAUUACGAACUCUUCGAAUGGUACAAGUAUUAUCACGUGGAGUGAAGGUAAUGUUGUGUAUGAUAUUAUAAUUAUUGACGAUCAAGUUAUAAUCUGAUUUGAUGGUAUCUUUUGGACCGGUUUGUGCCGUUCACUUUUUCGACCAAGCUGGUCGAAAAAGGUACUUGAGCGCAGACUAGGAAUUUUACAGAAGACCGACGUCUUGGAUUUUGCGUAUGAUUUGACGUAACCGUUCAGAAUGAGGCCGGGGGGGGAGCAUUGAAAUUAACAUAACUGGAAUGCUACCUCCAACCGGAAAUUUGAAGCCAAACUAGAAGGCCAGUCCCAGUCUUUUCACGCAUGCGAAGAGCGCUCAAUCAGUCAAUCAUGAUAUAAACACGCGGGUUUUGACCACCAGACACGCGUGUCUGCAUGGGGGGGGGAUGUUAAGAUUUGGCUGCAAGAAAAAGAUAGGCAGUUUAUCUGGGCAUCAACUAUUUCGCUGACCUCAGAAUGACAUUUCGUCAAGACGUUUUUCUUCAAGAUUGCUUUAGAAACAAAUUUGACAUAGGGUUAGGUUAGGGUUAGGGUUGGUGUUUGGAGUAGGGUUAGUGUUAGUAAAACCGUUGCUUUGUUACGUUUUGUCACUUUGAGGCCAGCGAAAUAAUCUCUUCCGUUUAUCUGAAGGUAGCGUUCCAGUAAUUAUAUUCAUUUCAAUGGCGCGGGGUGAAUGCCUGUCAUAACCGCACUGGCUAGGACCAUGGCGACAUUGCGAAUCAUGGCGUCGAAGGCCAUUUUUUGAAGUGUAAAAUUCUUGCCACGUCCCUGUAUCUAAAUUAAGCCUUGUUUAAGUUUGCUAAAGUCUUCGCUAUAAAAACUCGUCAUUUUUUUGUAUUAUGUAGACAACAAGACAAUAAGUGUGUUUACUCUCAAUGUGGCUGAGCGAAAGAAUGGAGUAUUCUUAAUAUACUGUAGGGCAAAAAAUGAAGUGAACAAUGAGGGCUAUGCUUACGAGCCGUUCGAAUUUCAGCCAGGUAUGCAUAUAGGGCAUAUGCUUCUAAAACACGAGAGGUGUCCGUAUUAGAGAGAUGUAUGCAUUAGAUAGAUGUCUGCAUUAGAGAGAUGUCUGCAUUAGAGAGAUGUCUGCAUUAGAGAGAUGUCUGUAUUAGAGAGAUGUCUGCAUUAGAGAGAUGUCUGCAUUAGAGAGGUGUCUGCAUUAGAGAGAUGUCUGCAUUAGAGAGAUGUCUGCAUUAGAGAGGUGUCUGUAUUAGAGAGAUGUCUGCAUUAGAGAGGUGUCUGUAUUAGAGAGGUGUUUGUAUUGGAGAGGUGUUUGUAGUAGAGAGGUGUCUGUAUUUGAGAGGUGUGCGUAUUAGAGAGGUGUCUGUAUUAGAGAGGUGUCUGUAUUAGAGAAGUGCCUGUAUUAGAGGGGUGUCUGUAUUAGACAGGUGUCUGUAUCGGAGAGAUGUCUGUAUUAGAUUAGUGUCUGUAAUAGAGAGAUGUCUGUGUUAGAGAGGUGUCUGUAUCAGAGAGAUGUCUGUAUUAGAGAAGUGUCUGUAUUAGAGAGAUGUCUGUAUUAGAGAGGUGUCUGUAUUAGAGAGGUAUCCAAUUAGAGAGGGUAAGUAUUAGAGAAUCGAAGGGCCACAAUUGGACAUGUUUUGUUAAAACCUUCAAUUUAUUAACUACUUUUUAUUUCUUGCAUUCUAUAGACUCAAAAAUUCCGAAAAUAUCUGUCACUGUUCCGCAGACACAAACGGUUAUGGAAGGGACUCAUCGCCAUACUUUACGAUGCGAAGUCUCUAGUAAUGUCAAAAUAGACAAACUUUAUAUAAUAUGGCUGUUUGGUAACCAAAUGAUAGCAGAGAAAUUGGUGACACAAGCAGAUAAAGGGAAGCAUGAAUAUUUAUUACAAUGUAUAACGGGGAAAGAUUUGGGAAACUAUACUUGCGUCGCUAAUACAACCAUGUAUGGGAAAGUAUGGCAACACUCAGGGGUGAUGCUGCUGACUGGAAAAUUUACAGGUAAGUUUUGUACUGUUAGUAUGUUGGUAUAGGCAUGUUAGGACUUUAGUAGGUUUGUAGGUAGGUUAGGUAGGUAGGUAGGUAUGAAGAUAAGUAGGUGGGUAUGAAGAUAGGUAGGUAUGAAGAUAGGUAGGUAGGUAGGUAUGAAGAUAGGUAGGUAUGAAGAUAGGUAGGUAGGUAGGUAGGUAAGUAGGUAGGUAGGUAUGAAGAUAGGUAGGUAGGUAGGUAGGUAUGAAGAUAAGUUGGUAGAUAUGAAGAUAGGUAGGUAUGAAGAUAAGUAGGUAGGUAUGAAGAUAGGUAGAUAUGAAGAUAGGUAGGUAUGAAGACAGGUAGGUAGGUAGGUAUAAAGACAGGUAGGUAGGUAGGUAUAAAGACAGGUAGGUAAGUAGGUAGGUAUGAAGAUAGGUAGGUAUGAAGAUAGGUAGGUAUAAAGAUAGGUAGGUAGGUAUGAAGAUAGGUACGUAUGAAGAUAGGUAGGUAUGAAGAUAGGUAGGUAGGUAGGUAUGAAAAUAAGUAGGUAUGAAGAUAGGUACGUAUGAAGAUAAGUAGAUAGGUAUGAAGAUAGGUAGGUAUGAAGAUAGGUACGUAUGAAAAUAGGUACGUAUGAAGAUAGGUAGGUAGGUAGGUAGGUAUGAAGAUAGGUAGGUAUGAAGAUAGGUAGGUAUGAAGAUAGGUAGGUAUGAAGAUAGGUACGUAUGAAGGAUAGGUAAGUAUGAAGAUAAGUAGAUAGGUAUGAGGAUAGGUACGUAUGAAGGAUAGGUACGUAUGAAGAUAGGUACGUAUGAAGAUAGGUAGGUAGGUAGGUAUGAAGAUAGGUAGGUAUGAAGAUAGGUAGGUAUGAAGAUAGGUAGGUAGGUAGGUAUGAAGAUAGGUAGGUAUGAAGAUAGGUACGUAUGAAGGAUAGGUAAGUAUGAAGAUAGGUACGUAUGAAGAUAGGUAGGUAGGUAGGUAUGAAGAUAGGUAGGUAUGAGGAUAGGUACGUAUGAAGGAUAGGUACGUAUGAAGAUAGGUACGUAUGAAGAUAGGUAGGUAGGUAGGUAUGAAGAUAGGUAGGUAUGAAGAUAGGUAGGUAUGAAGAUAGGUAGGUAGGUAGGUAUGAAGAUAGGUAGGUAUGAAGAUAGGUACGUAUGAAGGAUAGGUAAGUAUGAAGAUAGGUACGUAUGAAGAUAGGUAGGUAGGUAGGUAUGAAGAUAGGUAGGUAUGAGGAUAGGUACGUAUGAAGGAUAGGUACGUAUGAAGAUAGGUACGUAUGAAGAUAGGUAGGUAGGUAGGUAUGAAGAUAGGUAGGUAUGAAGAUAGGUAGGUAUGAAGAUAGGUAGGUAGGUAGGUAUGAAGAUAGGUAGGUAUGAAGAUAGGUACGUAUGAAGGAUAGGUAAGUAUGAAGAUAGGUACGUAUGAAGAUAGGUAGGUAGGUAGGUAUGAAGAUAGGUAGGUAUGAGGAUAGGUACGUAUGAAGGAUAGGUACGUAUGAAGAUAGGUACGUAUGAAGAUAGGUAGGUAGGUAGGUAUGAAGAUAGGUAGGUAUGAAGAUAGGUAGGUAUGAAGAUAGGUAGGUAGGUAGGUAUGAAGAUAGGUAGGUAUGAAGGUAGGUAGGUAUGAAGAUAGGUAGGUAGGUAGGUAUGAAGAUAGGUAGGUAUGAAGAUAGGUAGGUAUGAAGAUAGGUAGGUAUAAAGAUAGGUAGGUAGGUAGGUAUGAAGAUAGGUAGGUAUGAAGAUAGGUAAGUAGGUAGGUAUGAAGAUAGGUAGGUAGGUAUGAAGAUAAGUAGGUAUGAAGGUAGGUAGGUAUGAAGGUAGGUAGUUAGGUAUGAAGAUAAGUAGGUAGGUAGUUAUGUGGGUGGGUGGGUAGAAAAGGUAAGUAUGAAUUGAAGAUAAGUAGGUAGGUAUGAAGAUAGCUAUGUAAAAACUGGAUGAAAUAAAAUUAUACAUUUUUGCAGAAAACAGUGGGAUGAAGAAUAACAGUGGGAUGAAGAAUAACAGUGGGAUGAAGAAUCACAGUGGGAUGAAGAAUCUACUUUCGCUGAAUCUGUACUACAUCAUAUUUCUAUUGAUGAUAUGGAAAACUAUGUGAAAUAUUGAUGUUGAUAAUAGAGGAAUCAAAAAUCAUUGACGUGUCGGUGAUUGUGAUCCGCGCUCCGCAGGCGUUGAGUUAUAGAAGAUUAAUCAAAUGUAAUGAUGGAGAAACAAUUUCUAUUCUCUAGCAUGGAUAGAUCUAUUUAUACUAGACUUAUGAGUAUCCAGAAACGAAUGAAAGUAAUGAUUUUGUAAAGUUGAGUUAUAUAAUAUUAUGUAGAGAAGACAAUCUUCGUUUGCAUUUGUUUUGGCAUAACCGAACAUUGAAAAAAGACCGAAUUCAGUUACUAGAUUUGAAAAUAUUUUGUGUGCUUAUAAAAAUUAUGAAGUGUCAAGCUUUGUUGUUAUGUUAACGUUUUAAAAGAUACGAACGAAACUGGUUGUGCCAAUCUAUUUUGGGCGAUAUAAUCCUAAAUCUUCAGCCAUUUACAAGCGGAAGUGAAUUACAAAUCUUGAAAUGUUAUGAUCAAGUGGAGUUAUAAUAUAUAGGUUAUAAUGUAGAUAUUUUUGUAUGUAUAUUUCAUGGGUAUAAAUUAUAUAAUUGUACGAUAAUUUAUGUUUAUUUUGAUCUUGGAGUGUAUAAUUUUGCGUGUCUGAUAAAAAAUCCGCCAUAUUGUUUUUCACCGUCGCACCCUUUAUAUAACCUUUGAUUUUCUCAUUUUUGCCUGUGCCCACAAACACAGUCACCAGCGAUUCAGCGUGUAAAAACAUGUAAAAUUCAUGCAAACCUCUGAACCACUUGAAACAUUUGAGCUCAUUUUGCAUAGCCCCAAUUACGUUGAGCACAUGAAAGCUGAGUUGGAGUAAAAGCCUCAAGUGACCAAAUACUUUAAUAUUUAAAAAAGGCUGCAUAACUAUAUGUAUGUAUUUUGUAAACUAAAAUAUUGUAAAAAUUAUAUUCUUGUUGCAGUAUAGUACAGUAUACAUUCACUGUCACUCGUGCAUGCUGGCUUUUACACCUACAAUCAACACGUACGAUUAAGAAACUCUUUGAAUCGUUGAAAAUAUUUUACACCAGUAAACGCGAAGAGUAUGAUGAGCACAUAUUGCAUACAGAGUUACAGUUACACUGUAAAAGUCAACAUUCCAAACUUCGGCGAAUCCAAAAAUUAACUAGGAAAAACUUCAAAAAAUUGUAUAAAAUAUUCCUACUGAAGAUCUUUGAAAUCGCUUCAAAAAUCCCACGGAACUUUGAAAAUUCCAAAAUGUCCACACUUUUUCAUGAUAUGUCUUGACAUGAUCUUCGAAAAAAUUCAGCAGUUUUGUGUAUCAGCUUAUCACAGGUUCAAAACGGCGAUAAAACAAACCAAAAUUGAUGUAAGGAAUGACGUUUGGGUCGUUGUGUAAGACCACCCCGCCGCAGCUGAAAAAUAAAUAAAAUAGUGUGUAUAUUGUCU